GAAGCUUAGACUGAGGAAGUUGGCCAACCGUUAGCUUCCCUCCAAAUCUUUUGGAUUCCCUUCCAAUCCAAGCAAUCCCUUCACCCCCUUAUUCUUGCUCACCUUCUUCACCUUCUUCUUCUUCUUCUUCAGUAUCUUGCUGCUGAAAAGUUUCAUACUUCUUUUCCUGCUUCAAAUCCCCCCUUUAAAAGCUUUCUGCACAGGCUGUUGCUGCUGAAAGUUUCUCACUUUUGUCUCUCUGAAGCAUCCCUUCUUGUUCUUCUGAUUCAUAUUCUUGAUCUCUAUCCCAGAAUUUUCCACCUGAAGUUGUCUGUGGAUUUUGUUUCGGCGGAAAGUUUCAUCUUUUUCAAAGUUUCCCUUCAGAAAAGUUCUUCAACUGAGCCAACGAUCCUGCUCUGAGAAUUCAAGACCUUAAAGUUCAAUUCUUUCAGCAGUUAGAAACUGAGGAUUUUUAAUGGGGAUUCCGACACAUCGCAGCUUGAGCUAUUUCUAGAAAGAUUCUCAGAACUCUGUAUCUACAACAAGCAAAUUUGGUUCUACGUGUAUGUCUUCUUGUCUAUUUUAAAUUACUUCGUGAGACUUCAAGCAGGCGUCUUCUCUGCAAUUUUGUAAUCCCACCUUCUGUUCUAAGAAUCAUAGAAGACUCCGUCCCUUGAACAGCCUGAUUUGGACUCUUUCUGAACCUACGGAUAAAAAAACCUAGGAAUUCUCGCCCUGUUCUGGAAUGAAUUCUGCAGAAGCAGAAGAUCAGACGUUGGAAAGUGUCAGAAACAGGUCACCUUCUGAUUCCUUCAUGAUUGGGAUGGUAACGAGGAUUUACAGAGCCAGAUGGUUCGUGUUCUUGAGGAAGGUCUUCCAGUACCAAAACGGGUCGAGAUCGGAUAUGGGGUCCAACCCGUUUAACUCUGCCACUUGGAUGAUGAUGGAGCUGCUGGCUUUGAUGGUACAGAUAACGGCGUCGUCGGUGACGUUGGCGAUUUCGCAGGAAGAGAGACCAGUUUGGCCGAUGAGGUUCUGGAUUUUAGGGUAUGAAGUUCUGUGCGUUGCUAGUUUAUUGCUGCUCAAUGGGAGAUAUCGCCUUCUUCAUUCGGAUCAAUCACAUGUUCUUAGCGUCUCUGAUUUGGAACAACAGAGAGGAAGUGAAGAGGAAGAAACCAGGAUGUGUGCGUUGAUGAACAAGUGCAAGAGUUCAGUGGAAGUGAUGUUUGGAAUAUGGUUUGUGAUGGGGAACGUGUGGGUGUUUGGUUGCGGCCAUGGAUCAAUCCACAGAGCUCCAAAGCUGCAUGUGCUCUGCAUCACCCUUCUUGCGUGGAACGCCAUAUCCUAUUCCUUCCCUUUCAUUCUCUUCCUUCUCUUCUGUUGCUUCUUCCCUCUUCUCGGUUCCCUGCUUGGCAAUGGCCGCCCAUUUCAGUUUUCUCCUUCCCCUGUUUCCCCUGCUUCUCAGCACCAAAUCUCUCUGCUUCCUUCUUGGUCCUAUGACCCUGCUUCUCAACACUCUCAACAACACCAAGAAUGCUGCAUAUGCUUGGCCAAAUACAGAGAGAAAGAACAAGUGAGAGUUUUGCCCUGUUCCCAUAUGUUUCACCAGAAAUGUGUAGACCAAUGGCUCACAAUUAUAUCCUCCUGUCCUCUCUGCAAACAGGGGAUAGGGAGGUAGAAAUAUAUCACACUCAACCCAACAAUGUCACAAUCCUCACUUGGGCUUGCCACUUUCAAAGGUUCCCUUUUUGUUUGUUUCUUUGUUCUUUUGGUUCACUUUAGUGCAAUGUACUUUAUUGGGGUUGCUUGUGUGAGUUUGAGCAUAUGCAUAAAAGCAUCUCACCAGUAACCUCUGUAAGCCGUGCUUCUACUUAAGAUUUUAUCCCCCUGUUUUACCAUUUACG